CGUCAUCCGACCCUGACCGGCCUCACGUUUUCCAACCGUGACCUCAGACUGUCGGUGGACCGAUGCACGCCUCCUAGCAUUAGCUUUAAUGAAAGCCGGUGGAAAAACCAGCAGAAACACAUUAGGCUGACUUACCGUGUUCGCUACCGACCUGCUCUCCGCCACACAGCUACUGUAACCCGGCAGAGAGGAGCGGGCGAGCAGAGGACAUGGCCGCUAUCGAGGAGCUUUCCCCCGCUGCGGGCCCCGUGUCUACCCGGCCCCCGGAGGACGAGAUAGACGACGACGAGGAUGAAGAUCUGGAUGAGACGCUGAUGGAGAGGCUGUGGGGUCUGACAGAGAUGUUUCCUGACACAGUGCGUACAGCUGCUGAGGUAUCUGCACAGUGCUCCGUGUCCCUGGUCAAGAAGUUUUACAGUUUCUCCCGCUCUGCGCUGUGGGUGGGCACUACCUCCUUCAUGAUCCUGGUGCUGCCUGUUGUGUUUGAGACAGAAAGACUACAGCUGGAGCAGCAGCAGCUACAACAGCAGAGACAGAUCCUGCUGGGACCCAACACUGGAAUGUCCGGUGGGAUGCCGGGUAUGAUGCCUCCUGCACCUGGCAAGAUGUGAGAGACGACACGGGCCGACAUGAGCCUGAGAUCUGCUACUAGCGAUACAGCAGGGUCACUCGCAAGGAGAGACGGAGAGACCACGGAGAAAAGAACUGCAGUUUAAAAAAAAAAAGAAAAAAAAAAGAGGCAAAAGCUCAACGACAGCAUUGCGGCAUCAGAACGGAGGAGGAAGAUGUGAUGCAUGUCUAACACUUCUCUCUCGCUGUCUCUCCUUACUCCCGACGUCAUGCAGAGACUGAUUCCCAGGAGCACAGCUUCUGUUUUCAUGUUCUUUUUUAAAAAAUAAAUACGUAUAUCAGCAUAAAUAAUGUGUUCUGUAGGGGAUAGCUGGUGCAGCUGGCCUGAAAAGAGAAGUGUGAUCGUUAUCAGUCGGUGUCGGUAUUUCCAUGUUCAUGAGGUUGUUGGUUCCACUUGUAUGUGGAGGAUGAUGUUUGUAGAAUAACUGACAGAACGCUCUGAUGAACUGUGACAACUGUAAACAACAUCAACUGAUAGAAACGGUGUCGGCAGAGUGGCCACUUCAAGUGCUCCGAACUAAAUGAAGCUGUUUUUUUUUUUACAAGAUGUUUCUGUCUCUACAUUUGUCACAUUCCAUCAGUAAAACGUCUCUCACUUCAAACUCGCCACAGUUAAUGGUUUUUAUCAUGUCUCUCUUGUUGAAACAGUGAAUGACAUUAUGCAACAACACCAGAUAUCACGCUGCUGCAAAGAUUGUUCUCUUUCUUCAGUAGCACGUGACACGCAGCAUUGUUUUCGCAUUUAAGAGUGGUAACGUGUCAUGCUUUUGAACAAAAGCAGUUGGGGUUGUUGGUAAAGUUUGGAUGCCAAUGUUACUCUCUAAUGUCCAGUCUUAAGAGAAUGUUUUGUAUGUUGUCAUUCAUGUGGCAAUUUACAAUCUCUUCCUUCCACUAAGCAAACCCCUGUCUCUGUUUUGUGUUCAUCAUAACUGCAAAAAUUAAAACACCAAAUCAAACCAGAA